AUGACCAUUGCAAUGACAAACAGCAAGAACUCAUGCGGCCUUCCGGGCCCACAGAGCCUCUGCGCCUUGAUAAGACACCGGAAGAAGUCCAAACUAUCUGAAAGACAAGCGGAAGAGGCCGAGAGACUGCGCAAGCUCGGCUACGGUCACAAGGACCCCGGACCGGACGAUCAUAAUGUGCCCUAUUUCUACAGGCUCGUAGACAUCACGGGAAUCCAGCCGGAGAAGAUAUGGAAGGUGAGGAUGCGGGAUUGGAGGUCCUUUGGGAGGAGGUAUAUGUAUGAGAGGUUGAUGGGGAAUAUCACUAGGAAAUGGACCAGCCUCGAAUCAAACAUGAAAGACACCAUCACAUUCGACAACCUCAUCCCAGCGCGCGUCACGAUCCUCCUCCAGAACGCAGUGAACGAGGCGCGCGCAAGAAAACUCCGCGGUAGCGACCUGAUCAAUUUGACCAGCAAGCGGAUCUUCAAGAUGCCGUUUACCAGCAAUGAGCUACUUGGUGACUCUCUCGAGGUCGAGGGGAAAGUGCACAAUGUAGUGUUCUCGGGGCCAUCGAAGGAACUCGAUGUGGCGCUGGUUGUGCUGAGGGGAAGGAGAAGGGGGAAAGCGAGUUUUUGGACAUGCUUGAGGAUGAUGGCAAUGAUCCAUCACGCACGCAAGAAAGAGGGCAUGGAGUGUGAGAUUUAUGGCAUUGCGACUGAUAGCAUCAAGUGGCAGUUUGCGCAUAUUGACGGUGGGAGUCGGUAUUCUUGCUGGUUCCUGGAAUGGGAGAAGCACAGAUUCGAAAUCGUUGCGCAAGUCAUGAAGAUACUGCGAUACGCUGGUGCCCGCGCUACAGCUGGCGCGGCAGUGAGGGCUGCCAUUGCCGCUAGGAGUCCCGAUGGCACUCGUAUACGCGAACCUAGUCCCCCGGCGGGAUGUCGGGUCUAUCGAGAGGAUGAAUUGAUUUAUUCCGAUCUAGGGAGCUCCGAUAGGUCUUGUUCAGAGCUGAGAUGUAUUUGA